CAUUUUCGUCCCUGUAUAAUUAUAAUUUUGGCGCUGCAAGGGCGGGGGCAACGAAUUCUGACUGAACUCUAGUGGAGAAGGAAGUGGUGGCAGCAUUUUGUGCUAAUAUUGUGGGGUGUGCACGGUAGUCAAAAACAGUGAGAACAUGGCGCUGUCAGUCGUCAACCAGUUAAUGAUAGUGAUCUCUCUUGCGCUGGUAGUGGUAACCCUCAUGCCCAGGAUCUUUGGCGGCGUGGGAACCAGAGAGGUAUCCAGCAAGCAGGAGCAGCACAAGAUUCCCCCUGUUCCCGGCCUCGCUAGUAGAGGUAAACAUGGUAAAGCAAAUAUGGCCCCAGAUGGACCAAAGAAGAGCAUUCCAAAUAAUUUAAGACGUUCAAUGGAACAAGAAAUUAAAACAGAGAAAAUGAAUGGAAGAAGCCAUGGCAUUGCUUUCACUCUGAUGCCCUUUUAUGCCAUAGGUGUGGCACUCUUUGCAGCAUUCAAGUUCACCAAAAUAAAUACAAAAGAAAAUAAUCAAGCACAGGUCGAAGAAGAAGCAAACAAAAGAAAGGCAAAGGAAACAGAAAACCAGCUUGUUGAACUAGAGCGUCAUCUUUUACAAACGGAGAACAUGUUGAAUUCUUUACUCUCACAGCUGGAUCCACUGUCUAACUGUGUUACUACCAUAGCUAAUGGGCAAAAAGAUGAAAUAAUGAAUCAGCUGCAGCAGAUCAGACAACUAAUGAAGAAAACUGGAGUGGAUAAAUGUUCAGCGAACGAUGUCUGCAAAGAUCUGGAAGAUAUUGAGCACUGUACUGACCUUCGUGAGGAAGAUGAGGAUGAAAAGGAAAGUGAAGGAUCCUUAACUAAUUCUCAUGAAACAAACAGGACUGAGUAUGUGGCAGAGGAGGAUUGUAACAACACUGAUUCACUGGAAGUAGCAGGCCGCGAUCACUUGAAUGAAGAUGCUAUCCUUUUAAAGGAAGGCUUGAGAAAACGCAUUGUGACUGAACUGUAAUAGCUCUUGGCAUUAACUUUGUAUAUAUUUAGGAUUAUUCUUAGCAAAUUUAGAAAUUAUUUAUAAAGGUCAUAAUUCAUCAGAUUAAGUUUAUAAUAUGCAGUAAACAGAUGGAUCACCCUGCAGUGAGUAAAUCUAGAAAUAUAAGUACCGGUAACCUUUUUGAUAUGCAGUCUGUCUAAUACCUGCAUUUCUGCAGGUUCAGACUGAAGCCUGUGCAUAAACCUAGGGUCUGGGUUGAGUGUGGGAUUCUGUUGGCUAGCUGCAGUGUGCCGUAGCUUUUACUCUCUCCAUCCCUCUGCUUCAAUCGGUGCUGUGCUAAUAACACCCACCUUUAAUGUCAUCUCUGACAUCACUGGGCCAUGUCCAGAAGGUGUGGGUUGAAGUUGAUAAGGAUUAGGAAAUUCCUGAACCACAGAUUGCUAUACUUUGUAUGUCGUGCUUACUUUACCAUGAAAAAGAAAAUAUAUUUACCAUAACAAAUUUCCAACAUAGUUUUAAUCUUCUCAAACCAUUGAAUGAGAUGCAAAUAAAGUUAACACAAACCUU